GUGUGAGUGAGAAAGCAAGUUAAAGCAAACGUUUCAUGCUCAUGUAGAGCUAUCAAAAUGGUUGUUCGUUCGUUAUGUUCGUUGCGUAUGUUGGACGUUCGAGUCGAUCACCAACCAGGACAACAUUUCAGCAACAACUUUUAGCGUUGAGUAAAAAGCAAGAGUGGCUCUGAAAUUUCUACUUAUGCUAUAAACAAAAGUUUAAAAUAAUUUAUUAUUACUACUUAUACUUGUGUUUAUUGCGUAGUCUACAUUGCUACAUAUUCCAUUCAGAAAAAUAUUUCGUGUGUGAAAAGUGCGUCAAAGAGGAAAGAGUAAUAAAACGAAAAAGAGCAACUAAAAGUCUACAAUGUCAGCUGCUUUAAGUCCUUUACAUUGUGAUCUAAGAUCAUAUUCACGGCUUUGGCUCGGUGAGUUUAUUGAACUAUAUCAGCAGGAAGAAUGCUUAUGGCAUCCGAAACAUCCAGAUUACAGCAAUCACAGUGUACGGAAUAAGGCCUAUGAUCGUCUGGUUGAAAAACUUAAGGAAGUUGAACCGAAUCCAGAUCGUGCGAUGGUUGUGCGCAAGAUCAACUCUCUACGUUCUGCAUUUAGACGAGAGUUUCGUAAAUCAAGUUCAAAGAACAACUAUGAAACGAGAUUGUGGUACUAUGACAAACUGCUUUUUAUCGCCGAACAAAAUCCCAAACGCCUUGCAGCUAUGCGUGAUGCCAAAACUCCUAAACGACCGUUAACAAUAAGUUUCGAUGUUGACGAUUCUAUGGAGUUUGACGAGGAACCAGUUGUGGAAGCUACAACAGUUUCACCCUCAGAGAAUCACAAUCAAGCAACGGAAAUUAAAACUAUGACCGUUACAGCGGGUGAAUGUGUAAUUGUAAAAGAUGAAGAACAACACCAACAUCAACAUCAGCAUCAGCACCAAACUCAAAUUCAGCAUCAACAUCAGCACCAACACGAGUUACAACAGCAGCAACAUAGCACCGAACAGCACAUGCAACAUGCAACAACCACAACGCAACCUCAGCACGCAACAGAAGUCAAAGUUUUGGAAAUAACGUCUCUGGAUACGAAUUCUCAACGCGAAAUACAGCAGGCUGUCAAUUCACUGGAACAACAUCAACUGCAUCAACAGCAGUUGCAUCAACAACAGCAGCAACAACAACAAAACCAAGCUGGUACGGCGCAAAUCGCACAAAUUCAUCAGCAAGUUCCAACCAUACAAAUUGCACGUGAACACCUGCAACCGUUGUUCGGUAACUCGUAUGCAACCACUACAACUCAUCGGCAAGAGGAUGAAUACGAUGCUAUCGGUAUAAAUGUGGCGUCCAAGUUGAGAGUCAUGAAUCCCACUCAACGCAUUAUUGCCGAGAAAUUGAUAAGUGACGUGCUAUUCAAUGGGCAAUUGGAUAAUCUCAGUGUGUCUUCAACUCUGACUCAGUGAAAAUAUGUUUUUACGAAACAGCAAAUUUUGUGCAGGUAAUAAUUUCCAACUUCAGUUAUAUAAUAUAAAUAAACAGCUAAUUAACUAGGCUACUAUGUAAGUUGUAUUUGUAUAUUAUGAAAAUAUAAUAGGCUUUUCUAAAUUAAACUCGAGGUGUAUACAUAAACUUAUAUGUAUAUAAUAUAUAUUGCAUUACUUACUAACAACCCUAUUCCAAGUAUCGACUGGUAAUAGGCGUGUAAGUGUGGGGUGCAAAAUAUUUUUAAUAUUAUGUAUUUAUGUGAAUUCAUACACUUAAUAGAAAAGCUUGACAUAUUAUUUGAAUGUGUGAAUAAUUAUAGCUAUAAGCUUAAUACAUACAUAUUAAUACCUUUUAAUUGUGUAUAACUUUUACAUUAGGAUAGGUACA